UCGGCGCCGUCAACAACAUGGACCAGACGGUGAUGGUGCCCAGCCUGCUGCGGGACGUGCCGCUGCUGCUGGAGGAGCUGGACGCCGCCGGAGCCGUCUGUCCCCAGCGGGAAACCCCCCUGCCCCCCGGCGACCCCGGCGCCUAUUUUUCCCGUAGGGACAUGUACAGCCAUUACAUGUUGCUCAAGUCCAUCCGCCACGAUAUCGAGUGGGGGGUGGUCCAGCCGCCGGCGGGCGAGGAGGCGACCCGCAAGAAGGACAAGCUGGGCGGUGGGCCCGCCGAGGAGGGCGAGGGGGAGGAGGACCUGGAGCAGCAGUUCCACUACCACCUCAGCGGACUCCACUCGGUCCUCUCCAAGCUCACCCGCAAGGCCAACGUCCUCACCAACAGAUACAAGCAGGAGAUCGGCUUCAGCAGCUGGGGGCAGUGAGCGCCGGGGCGGGGGGGGACGGGGACCGGUGGGAACGGGAACGGAGCGGCGGGUCCCCCCGCCCGGCGAUGCUGC